CGUCCGAAUGCGGUGAUCCUAUGCGUGUCAGUCUUAGAUUCACCAUUCUUGCCGUUUCGGCAAUGAUAUUCUUUCCAGUUAUUGUAUUUAUUUAUGUGGUAGAAGCACACACAUCUCCAAAAGUGAUAGCAGAUGAUCAAGAAAGGUCGUAUGGGGUGAUUUGUGAUGCAGGGUCAACUGGAACACGGUUAUUCGUUUACAACUGGAUUAGUACUUCAGACUCCGAAUUGAUCCAAAUUGAACCAGUGAUAUACGAUAACAAGCCGGUCAUGAAGAAGAUCAGUCCCGGACUGAGCACAUUUGGAACAAAACCUGCCCAAGCUGCAGAAUAUCUGAGGCCACUUAUGGAACUUGCCGAAAGACAUAUCCCAGAAGAAAAAAGGCCGUAUACACCUGUUUUCAUUUUUGCCACUGCUGGAAUGAGAUUGAUUCCUGACGAACAAAAAGAAGCUGUUCUCAAAAACCUACGUAAUAAGCUACCAAAAAUUACAUCGAUGCAAGUACUGAAAGAGCAUAUCAGGAUAAUCGAAGGAAAAUGGGAAGGAAUUUAUAGUUGGAUUGCAGUCAAUUAUGCUCUUGGAAAGUUCAACAAAACAGCUACAUUGGAUUUCCCGGGAACCUCGCCAGCACAUGCAAGGCAAAAAACUGUUGGAAUGAUUGAUAUGGGUGGAGCAAGUGCUCAAAUUGCAUUUGAGCUUCCUGACACUGACAGUUUUAGCAGUAUUAAUGUGGAAAAUAUUAACCUCGGAUGCAGGGAAGACGACUCGUUAUUCAAGUAUAAACUGUUUGUGACAACAUUUCUUGGCUACGGAGUCAACGAAGGAAUCCGGAAGUACGAGCACAUGUUGCUGUCAAAAUUGAAAGAUCAAAAUGGAACAGUCAUUCAAGAUGAUUGCAUGCCACUGAACUUACAUAAAACCGUCACACUGGAAAACGGAGAAAAUUUUGUGCGAAGAGGUACCGGAAACUGGAAUACUUGUUCAAAUGAAGUGAAAAAGCUUCUCAAUCCGGAAUCAAGUUCGGAAGUCUGUAAAGCUGAAGCGGCAAAAUGCUAUUUUGGAGCUGUUCCUGCUCCGAGUAUACCACUGUCGAACAUUGAGAUGUAUGGGUUCUCAGAAUACUGGUACUCAACCCAUGAUGUAUUGGGUCUUGGAGGACAGUAUGAUGCGGAAAAUAUUGCGAAAAAGACGCAGCAGUAUUGUAGUAAAAGAUGGUCCACGAUCCAAGCAGAGUCGAAGAAACAGUUGUACCCGAGAGCUGACGAGGAAAGAUUAAGAACUCAGUGCUUUAAGUCGGCAUGGAUAACAUCAGUGUUGCAUGAUGGGUUCUCAGUAGAUAAGACUCACAACAAAUUCCAGAGUGUUUCCACAAUAGCAGGACAAGAAGUUCAAUGGGCUCUCGGAGCAAUGAUCUAUCAUAUGAGAUUCUUUCCCCUUCGGGAUUCUUCUAGAAAUCUCAUCGUUAAAGAGACUCAUUCUUCCUCCGAAAGCUUAUGGGCUCCGCUAUUCUUCCUUUCCGCCGUUUUCUGUCUUUUCGUCUUGGUAUGCGCUAAGGAGCAGUCUGUACUAUGCUUUGAUGACAAACGUCGGUCCUCUUUUGGGAUGUCACGCAGUCAAUACUCCUACAAAAUGCUUAAAGAAAACCGUACUUCUUCUUCAUUUCUUGAGAACUUUGCCUAGUCAAUCUUUCUAAUCGUGUGUGUUCCAAUACGUGUUUUAUUGUCAAAUCACAUCGCACUUCAAUUGCCUUCCAAAGUUUUAUUGUCCUGUCUUUUUUGUUAGAUCUUACGGGUUUAGUAAUUUAUAUGUGAUACUUUUUAAUGUAUUGAAAAUAAUUUAUCUUGACAUGUAAUCAGUUACGAUUUAUAUUUUUACCGGGAAUUUUGAUAAUUUUUCAAUUCUAAAUAAAUUUUUAUUUAUUUAUUU